GGCUGCAAUGGCCGGAUGUGUUGAUGAUGUCGGUGGAACACAAGAAGUAAUUCGCGAAACGGAUGGAUCAGAAAAUAUGUUUGAUGUCGAAGCUUACUGCAGUCAGUACUGCAGUCUUGACCCGUCAACGGCUGAUCCAUUCGAAGUUCCUUCUUUGAAGUCCCGGAUGAAGAUCAUUCACGACUACUACCAACUCAUUGGCCUCAAAGAUGCACGUGUACUGGAAUACGGUAGUGGCCCUAGUGUCUACAGUCUUAUCGGCGCCGUUCCUUAUUGCCGAGAAAUCGUGAUUUCGGAGUAUGAUGUCAGGUCACGUGACUUUCUCUCAAAAUGGAAGAAUGGUCAGGCCAAUCACCAUAUUACCACACUGUUUCAGUACGCAGUGAUGUCAAUCGAAAAACUGGGUGAAGGAGACGAGGUUUCGCAAAGAGAAAACGCGCUGCGGCAACUAAUAAGUGGAAUUUAUCCGGGAGAUCUCAACACUGACACGCCCAUUGAAAUGGACAGUCCCGGAUUAUUCGACAUUAUAUCUACACAUUUUACAUGUCACACUGUGUGCAUGUCUGUGGACGAAUUCAGAGCAGCAGUUGGAAGGCUGGUCAAAUUUCUCAAACCGGGCGGUUUUCUCAUACUCUCAGAAAUCUUGGAAUGUGAGCUCGGAAAAUGGGAUGGACUCAAGGUUGGCUAUAAAGGAUUUCAAUUAACAAGAGAAUCUCUCAUUGAAUGCAUUGAACAACUUGGAUUUAUUAACAUAAAAGAUGAUGUUGUAGCCGAGGAGCCAAUUGAUGGUAAAGCUCCGCCCGAGUUUGGCAAGACGCUCACUUUACUGGCUCAAGCACCAUGAGACUGAUGCCAUAAUAAACACAGCUGCAUCACUUUACUUAUAGUUUCCAGAAGCUUUAUAUGCUACUAAGUUAAUAUCAACACACGAGCAGAAAUUGAAAUUCUCAUCACAAUAUGAUCACCUCCGAGUCUCCAUGGGAACAAGAGAAUACCACUAGUGUUUCAAAAGUUUUAAUGGUUGACAGUAAAGACUGUUGAUGGAUACUUUCCUUGGAUUGAUGAGAAGACAUUAAUUUACUAAAGUGAUCACAAAAUUUGAGCAGACUUUGAUAAAUUGAAAUUAAUG